AUGCCCAUCAUCGAUACAAGGCCCGGCGUCUACACCAAAGACAAAAAACCCAUACGUUAUUACUACCUCCCAACUUUGACUCAUGUGCGAAUUGAAAAGAGCAAAGAAUGUCAGAAGAGUGAUUGGAAGCUUCAUAAACAAGGGUGUCGUACCCCUCGAUUCGUUGAUAUUGGAUCAUGGGUAAAGGCCUACGAAUGGCUAAUCGAAUGGGCAGCAAAAGAAGCCCUCCAAAUCCACACCCACCCCGACAAAAUCCUAACCCACUGUCUCGUAAUCAACGUCUUCGCAGUCGAACGCGUCGUCGGACCCAUAGCCAGCCCAUUCUUGAUCGUCAACGCGCAAGUGUUGGAUACUACGAAAGAAACGCUAACGCAAGAGAACGACGUCGAAGCGUCUUUGGCGAUCAGGGAGAGUGGGGGGAUAGGCCAAGCGCAGGUUCUUAUAGAGUACCAUACGCUUGGGGGUAUCGAUUUGACGGGUUUGCGUGACAGGUCUACGCAACUGGCAGGCCUGGACAUCCUUGCGCCUGGCGGCACUUUGGUGACGGUAUUGGUUGAAAAGGGUAAAUCUAAAUCUGCUGGGGACGCUCUACGGAAAAAGGCUGUCUGGCUGGCUGGAGGAAGGUGUAAUUGGCUGGUCUGGAGGCAAUACCUGCAGGUUUGA